UAUACGCAAAGAGAAGGAACACAAUGCAGCCAUACACAAAUGUGACAUGUCGGGGGACAACGAUUUGUUCAACUUUGUCUGGCCAUCUAAUAUGGGUGAAAUCGGGUUUGCAACCCUGCCGGAGCAAGUCCACAGGAAAUCCGUGAAAAAAGGCUUCGACUUCACUAUGAUAGUCGUCGGAGAAACUGGUCUAGGGAAGUCAACCCUUAUAAAUAGCUUAUUUUUAACAGAUUUGUAUAAAGACAGAAAAAUUUUAAGCGUUGAAGAACGUGUGGAUCGAACAGUUGAAAUUGAGAAGACUACUAUGGACAUCGAAGAAAAAGGUGUUAAACUAAGACUAACUGUUGUUGACACACCAGGGUUUGGUGACGCAAUUAAUUGCGAAGAAAACUGGAAAACCAUUGAGAGGUACAUUGAUGAUCAGUUCAACCAGUUCUUUAAAGACGAAAGUGGCUUGAACAGAAAGAACAUCGCUGACAACAGAGUGCACUGUUGUCUUUACUUUAUUCCACCAUACGGGCAUGGGCUGCGGCAGCUAGACGUAGAGUUCAUGAAACGUCUUCACCAAAAAGUAAACAUAGUGCCAGUCAUUGCAAAAGCAGACACACUCAAUCCAGCAGAAGUUAGGCGACUUAAAGACAAGAUUCUUCGUGAAGUAGAAGAAAACCAAAUAAAAAUUUACCAACUGCCCGAAUGUGACAGUGAUGAAGAUGAAGAGUUCAAACAACAAGACAGAGAAUUAAAAGAAAGCGUUCCUUUUGCUGUGAUUGGGAGCACACAAAUAGUUGAAAUUAAUGGAAGGAAAGUUCGAGGAAGGUUAUACCCCUGGGGCAUUGUAGAAGUGGAAAAUCCAAAACACAGUGACUUUUUAAAACUUAGGACAUUUUUAAUAAGCACUCACAUGCAAGAUUUGAAAGACGUAACAAGAGAUGUACAUUAUGAGAGCUACAGAGCACAAUACAUAACGAAGAUCUCACAGCAAGCAGCGAGAGAAAGAAACAAAUUGAGAAGAGAUUCUGGACCAAACUUUGAAGCAGUCAGUGAAACAGAUCGUUUAUUGCAGCAGAAAGAAGAAGAGAUUCGAAAAAUGCAAGAUAUGUUACAACAAAUGCAACAAAAGUUAAGAGCAGCAGGCAACGAAGGUGAAGGACCAAAAGAAGUUAAUCUUUAACUUUAUUCCAUGUUUGAAGAAAUAACAUUUUCUAUGAAGCUUAUGUAUGAACAUUUUUAAAAAUUUAUGACAUGCUGGAAAGAUCAUAAAUUGGGGAUUUUUUUUAAAAACGAAACAUAUUUUAUUAUUUAAACAUCCAAAAUUUUAUGUUAUAAUAUUUUAUAAACCAAACAAUGAAUGAAAUUACAUUAAUUUUACAUUAAAGUUUAGAAAAAAUAGGUCUUUGAAU